ACUUCGCGAGACUUUUGCUCUCUUGCUCCGCGGGCGGAGAAAACCGAGUCAACCGAGUCAACCGAGCGAGACCCUCUUAUUGGUUUCGUGUGGGACAAUUGGGUAUUGGGUAGAACUCCAGAAGGUCAUGGAGUCAACCAUCUUCCUCCCCCCAUAAGAAGCUAUCUGGAAUUCCACCCAUGAGCUAAGAAGCAGUACGAGGUUCUGGUUCUUUUUUAUGCCCCCUUUUCGUGAUUUGCUGUUCCCCUCCUUUCCCGGAAUGAAGGAAUGUUCAAUGGCAAAAUCCUUGGGAAGCAAGGGAAAGAAUCUCGCGAGAUUAGUUGAAGAAAAGGCUUGUUCAAAGAAGUUUCAGCAAGAGGAAGAACAAAAGCGAAUUCCUUAUCUUCCAAAAGACUGCCUCACUAACAUCCUCAUCCGUCUCCCUCACAGUUCCCUCCUCAGGUCGAUGCUUGUUUGCAAGUCCUGGAGAAGCAUCAUAACGAGCCUCAAUUUUGUUCAUGCCCAUCUUCAUCGAUCUGACACCAUCCUGAUUUUUCAGUCUUGGAUUCGGACACCUCACAUUUAUUACUCCAGUUUAACAACCCGGCCACCUGAAAGCCCAAACUCUUUCUCAAUUGAAGCAAACUAUUUGCAAUCACAGAACAUUCCCAUCUUGACUCAGCCUAACAUCAAUCAUUCAGAAAAAUCCUAUGUCAAGUUUAUGGAAUUUAGCAAUGGGAAUUGCGAGGAAAGAGACUACAAGAUAAGCUGCUUGGGGAUGAUAAGAGCGACUUGCGAUGGUCUAAUCCUGCUAGACAACAGGAUGAAGGAAGGUGGGUUAAUAGUCUUGAACCCCGUGACCAGAAAGCUCGACCCGCUUCCUUUAGGCACUCUCUAUCCUGCGCAUAAGGAAUCUUAUGGUUUCGCCUUGAGCAAGGUCUCUGGGGUAUAUAACGUGGUGCACUUGUUCAGAGACGAGCUAGAUUUUUUCCAUUGUGAGAUUCUCAGUCUCGGAACAAGAGUGUGGAGGCCGGUAUACGGCCCGGAACCUGGGCUAUUUGGUUGGCUCGGUCACAGACCAGUUUUCGCGAUAGGAUCUCUGCACUGGGUUCCUUUGGUUGACCACAGUGAUUACAUAGUGUCCUUGGAAAUGGACAGCGAGAAGUUUCACAAAGUAUCACUCCCUACAAGUUGCAGAACAUAUGACCGCAUUCUCGAGAUGCACGGUUCCUUGUGCUUCAUUGCUCAUGAAGAGAUGACCCAGAUCAACAUCUGGAUGUUGGAGGGAUUGUCAGGGCAUGCGUGGAAGCAGACGUGUUCCAUCACCAUGGGUUGCACAUUUGACAUGGUCCCGCUAUUGAGCUUGAAGAUGAGCGGAGACGUCAUUUUCGAGCGCGACGAAGAUUAUUCGCUGUACCGAUAUCAUUUCGAGCUCAAAGAAAUGAGGAGGAUUGAGGUGCAAGGAAAAUGCCCCGUGCCAUCGAAUACAUACUUUACCCAUGUCAAUAGCUUCAUCUCUUGGCGAUGCCACGGUGAAGACGCCGGCUUCGCUGUGAUGGAGGUCUGAUACAGUGCUGCUACUACUUCUAGCAGCAUGGGGAUUGACGGGUUUUGAGACCCAUAUGGUAGUUUUCAUACCAGAGUCAUUGCUGAAGCUGAUUUUGUUGUAUGUACAUGCUUCACCAGGCCUGGUUCGGCCCUCGGACCUCACCCCGUGCGUGCUGUCGCUUUGUGUCUGUCUUUUCGAGU